AGGACUACCCCUUUAGCAGAUGUCUCUUUGUCACUAAAACUCUUGAGCACUCCAGAGUCACUCAGUGUGUCUUUGUGCCUGUUGUACUGCACUCCUGCUAAGCUGCACUGGUCAAACACCAGCCAUGAGCGACGAAUUUCUGCUCUUUGAGGAUCUGUUCAAGGAGGCCAUUAACAGCACUGACAUGAGCUAUGUUGUCAGUGAAAAUGUCCAGCUCUGUGCAAACCAGGCUGUCAACCACUUUGGUGCGAAAUUUAUCCCAGCUUUCUACUAUACCAACUUCCUCCUGAGUUACCUUGGCAACGGGCUUGUCCUCUUCAUCAUCUACAAGUAUGAAAAGCUCUGCACGGUGACAAACAUCUUCCUCCUGAAUUUGGUCCUUUCCAACCUUCUCUUCGCCUCCAGCCUCCCCUUCUGGGCAACGUACCAUCUGUCUGAAUGGAUUUUUGGCUUGGCUAUGUGUAAGAUAGUCAGCAGUGCCUACUUCAUCGGCUUCUACAGCUCCAUCCUCUUCCUCACGCUGAUGACAUUUGACCGAUACCUUGCAGUGGUGCAUGCAGUGACAGCUGCUAAGAGCAGGAAAAAGGCCUAUGCCAUCAUUUCGUCAGUGGUAGUUUGGUGCAUCAGUAUUGUGGCAAGUGUAAAAGAGCUGGUUCUGAAAAAUGUGGGGAGCAGUCCAUUCAAUGGACUGACAUGUGAGGAGUCAGGAUACCCUGAGAGCACCAUGGAGCGCUGGCGUUUGGUCACUUAUUACCAGCAAUUCCUGCUCUUCUUCCUCCUCCCUCUGUUCAUGGUGAUGUACUGCUACAUCAGCAUCACCAUCCGCAUCCUGGCCACCCGCAUGAAGGAGAAGUGUCGUGCCAUCAAGCUCAUUUUCAUCAUCAUCUUUACCUUCUUUGCCUGCUGGACGCCCUACAACAUUGUCAUCCUGCUUCGAGCUAUUCAGAUCUCCAGCCCCAGUGAUGAUGAUAGCUCAUGUUCUGCCACAGAGAGCUUGGACUAUGCACUGUAUGUAACGCGGAACAUAGCCUAUCUGUAUUGUUGCAUCAGUCCUGUGUUUUACACAUUCGUGGGAAAGAAGUUCCAGAGCCACUUUAAAAGGCUGUUGGCGAAGAGGAUCCCCUGUCUGAAGAAACACAUGAGCAGCAGCCAGAGCACCAGAACCACAUCACAGAGGACACCAUACUCUGAGUACUAGACAGAUAUGCAGGUUUAGUUAGCUCACUUCUUGGGACAUUAUAGAGAUAGUUAUAAAGGCUUUGACACACCAAGCUGACAGCCGUGAAUUAAUGCUGGCCCAUUAGUGAGUGCCAUGUUUUGUUUUUUGUUUGCAAGUGUCCUGGACCAUUGGCACUAGUCAGCCCUUGAUGGCUUUUUUUUUUUUUUUUUUGCUGAUUCAAAUGGCAUUGGCAACCUUGGAGUCCAUAGCUUAAUAAAAUUACUCUGAUUGGCAGUCCAGCUCAAAGUUAAGAGGGUUAUGUUGUUGGUGUCAGAACUAGGUAACCAGUGUGUCGAAUCUGUCCUGUUGGUCUUCCAAAUACAGAUUACCACUACCUGCUGCUAUGCUUUGAAGCCAGUUUUCAUAUUGGCCAAACAGUGGUACUGCAAUUUCCUGGGCCCGUCAUGUGGUGCCCUACGGCCUCAAAAUGACUUUCACAAUCAGGAUUUGAUCCAUUUAGUCUGAUAACAUUUCGAAAAUCUGGAAGAGCCAGCAAGAUUAAAUUAUUUUAUCAAAUUUAAUAUCAAGCGGCAGUUAGCCGAAGUUAGACAUUCGGACGCACUCUGUCAUGCUCAGCUGCCAUAAGUCUCUAGUGCACCUGAAGUAUGGGCUGCAUAAUACAAAAAUGCUGCAGUCGAACCAUUUUGGCUUCAUAAGCCACUGAGUACCUCUCACGGGAAUAAACAGGGCCCAGCCACCAACUGUGUAUCCAGUUCUACUAAUACAUCCAUGGAUGGUUUGCUGUUAGCUGUCGUCAUUGUGGGGUAUUCAAAUACAGAUUUUUGGCUAAGACACAGGCGACUCAAGGAGACACAACACUGGCCUUCAUCUCCACUAGUUCUUUGAUGUUGGUUUGGUGUGUCAGGGCCUUUAACCUACUCUUAACCUUAACCACUAUCCCAAAAAUUAGCUUUUUCCAGAUUAGGAACAAGGCUUUUGUCCCAAGUUAACUGGUCUUUUGUCUAAAAUGUGUCCUUGAAGGCAGCCUAAAUCAGACAUACAAAAUCACAAACAUACGCUUUAAAAAUGCCAAUACAUAUUUCACUGCAAACAUGAAGUUAUUCCAUGUGUACUUACUGCCAGACUCCUGUAAAAUCUCAUGAUCAGAAACAGACAAAUCAUUUAUCAACUUAAUUAGACAAGUUUAGCAGUUUUAAGACUGCUUAACUACAGACUGUUUUAAGGUAUACUAUUGUUGACUGUUUGUAAACUGUAUCGCUGGCAAAAGUGAAAGCCAACCCCAGCUUUGUCCACUUGGGAUUUUGCCUGGCUAUAUUUGCAUUUUUGCAAACUUCACCUAUGUGCUGUUCCAAGAAAUGUCCCAAACAAAAAAAAAGAAGAAAAUACAGGCAGGGGCCGAGUAUCUGUAGAUAAAAUCAAGAGUGAUGAUUGAGAGAGAUUACUUAAGUAUGAAUCUAUGCAUUUUUUAGGAAAAUUCUCCACAGUAUACCUUUGUAGUGUACUUCAUACAUUAAAACUGUUUUUUUUUUUUAGCAGAUGUAUUUGUUUCAAAAAACCCUUCUGAUUUAAAAAAGUUUACAUUAUUAAGGCUUAUGUGUCAUUUUAUUCAUGUGUCUUUUGGGACUCAACUAUUGUUAAGAGAAUGUAGGAAAAAUGUGGACAAAAAGAAAGAUUGUUGUUUACUGCUGUGUCGAAGGUCAAGACUGAAUUUUAAAUCAGCAGCCUGUGUCUUCAGGUGGCUGAUCGGUGAGAUUUAAAUUUUGAGUGUGGUGUGGUGUGUCCAGUCUGCAUGUGUGCUUGAGCAAGAUACUGAACCCCAGAUUGCUGCUGAUGGCUGUGCCAUCAGUGUGUGAAUGCGUAUGAAUGUUUAACUGAGUAGCAGGUAGCACCUUGUAUGGUAGCCUCGGCCACCAGUGUAUGAAUGUGUGUGAGAAUGUGACAUGUAGUGUUAAAGCGCUUUGAGUGGUCGGAUGACUAGAAAGGUGCUAUACAAAUGCAGGUCCUUUUACCAUUAAAGUUGCCACUCUCUCCAUAGGAAAGCAAUAGCUACUGUAUACAGCUGCAAGGUGAUUCUGCUGUUGAUAUGCUGAUGUAAUGUGGUUAUGAUUAUGUCAAGUAAAGAGUGAGUUACCAACUGUGCAAAGCUGGCAACUUCAGCAGCCCUUAAAACUGAUUUGUGUUAAUUUAAUUGAAAAUCAGAUACAGGCCGUAAAGGUGAAGUCUGUCAGAUUUAGGGGGAUUCAGUGGCAUCUAGUGAUGAACUGCAGAUUGCAACCAGCUAAAGCUUCUCCUGGCCAGAAUUCAUUGGUCAGGGGUUUUCCAUCAAGGGCCAAAUUUUCUGCGGUCUGUGUUUUUAGAACCACUAAAAACACAGAAUAAAACAGUUUCACGUUACAAAUCAGUACAUCUCCAACGCUGUUCGGCAUCUUGGAGACAGGCAGCUCACCCACAGCAUGUUAGUGUGCUCACCUUUUUCUGAUUCAGACAUUCAGAAGGUUUUUACCGUGAGCCGAAUUAUCCGGAGAGGUCUCUUCCUUUCUAAAAAGAAACAGACUAGAUGAUGGUGAAAAGACUGAAUAACACAGUGUCACAUUACAAAUCCAGGUAUUUCUGACCUAAUUUGGCAUGUUGCUGCAGUUGGCUAGUCCAACACAUGCUAUUGUGUGGUCACCUUUUUUCUCCGAUAACAUAAGAUCCACCCGUUAAGGAGGUUUUCAGCGGAAGCCAAAUUAUCCACAAAGGUCUAGACCAGGUGAUUUAAAGUGCAAGAAACACUGAAUAAAAAAGCCUCCGACACUGCUCAUUGCAGCUGGGGUUCUUACUACAGUGGCCAAUGAGAAAACGUGAAUAUCCCGAUUUAGAGUCACUGUUAGGUUUGUCCAUUCUGGGCUAUUGUAGAAACAAAGUGGUGCAACAUGGUACCGUAAACAAAGACCUGCUCCUUCUGUAGAUAUAAUCGUCUGAUUCUAAAGUGAGAAGGACACAACGGUUCUUAUUUUCAGAUUAUCAUACACUAAAGAAAUAAUAAUUUUGAAAUUAUAUUCCAUUUCUGCCAAUAAUAAUAAUAAUAAUACAUUUUAUUUAUAAUGCACUUUACAUUCCGGGGAAUCUCAAAGUGCUAUAAAACAAAUGAUAAAAACAACAGUGUAGUACAAUGAACUACAAUUAAACUGAAGAAGGCACUCAAAAAUGAUAACCCCCUAUAAACCCCCUGAAUCCUGCACACUGGACCUUUAAAGGCUGAGACGAGUGUUAUUCUAUAUUUUUCUCACUGUCAACCCAGCCUAAACAACUGGGCACUGUAAUUUGUCAUGAGCAUUAUUUAAACACCUGCCCCCUUAUCUGGUUGUGCCCAGGUUUUCUUAAUGUCAUAAGAGUUGAGGAGUCAGACCUUCAUCAGCCAAGUGAAGGACAAAGACAGCAAUUUUGUGUAAAGUUAUUGUUAAAGGGUGCUUUUAUUGAAGAACUUUUUCCCAUGUUUAUGUGCAGCUGAGUUCUUUGAUGCAUUUGCUUCAGAUCUGCUCAUGGUCUGGUCCUUAUACUGAGUGUUUUGAUCUUGUUGAUUCAAUACUGAGUGCAAUGUGUAUGUUUGUACAAGUGUGGUGUAUUUGACACAUCUUGUCCAAGUGCUUUAAAACAAACUGUAUCUUAACUAUCCAAUAAAUACGCCAAUCUAU